CUUCUGGCUCAAUUUAUAGAAACACCAUCAUAACUUUUUGCACUCUCACUUUAGUUUUCACAGUCUCUCUGCGCAGAAAUGGAUAACCGUGCUCAAGGCGGUAAAGCAUAUGGUCUUCUCAAGGCUCAUCAGGAAGAAAAACUGAACUCCAUCAAUGAGGCUUUUGUCUCAGAUCCCCAAUAUGCAGAAGAGGAAGACCUUGCGUCAAAGCUUGAACUGUUUAAAAAAAAAUACAUGGAGUUUGAUCUUAAUGACAAAGGAGAAAUAGAUAUAAUGGGGUUAAAACGAAUGCUGGAAAAACUCGGACUAGCAAAAACUCACUUAGAGCUGAAAAAGAUGAUGUCAGAGGUGACUGGAGGGACAUCGAAGGACACUAUCGGCUACAAUGACUUCCUGAAAAUGAUGCUGGGAAAAAGAAAUGCAAUUUUAAAACUGAUCCUGAUGUUUGAAGGCAUGGGGAAGGAACAGGAGCGAAAAGAUGCUGGUCCAUCUCAUCGUAAAACCUUGUCAGACCUGCCCUGAAAGAGUUCUCCAUUCUAAAUGGGAAUGGAUGUCAUUAUGACUAAUUUUCAGAUUUAAAACUUUAAAACUCAUGUCAAUAGGAAAAAAAAUCAAACAUAUUGUAAAA